UCCAAAGAUCCAUUCUUUCUUCUUCAUCACUCAUUUCUCUCUCAAGAAUCAAGAUCAUUCUCAUAAAAAAAAACCCUAAUAAUGGCCUCAGCCUUGUUCUCAUCUCCAACAUUCCAGGGUUUGAGGCCUCUGAACAAGCCCACGGAUCACUGUCUAUUCGCCGUGUCCAAGAAUUCCACCGUCCGGGUAGCAGGGAAGAGACAAAUCCAACGUGGAGCUGCCGUGAAAGCCGAGCUGAAUCCAUCUCUUGUGAUCAGUCUUAGCACAGGACUGUCUUUGUUUCUUGGAAGGUUUGUUUUCUUUAAUUUUCAGAGAGAGAAUGUGGCUAAACAGGUGCCGGAACAGAAUGGAGUGACCCAUUUUGAGGCCGGAGAUUCUAGGGCUAAGGAAUAUGUUAGUCUUUUAAAAUCGAAUGAUCCGGUGGGAUUUAACAUUGUUGAUGUGUUGGCGUGGGGAUCAAUUGGUCAUAUUGUUGCUUACUAUAUUCUGGCUACAUCUAGUAACGGAUAUGAUCCAAGCUUCUUCGGAUAAAAAUGUUAUCUUUUUGGGUUAUGAUCAAAGCUUUUCAUGUAUAGUUGAAAGCUUUAAGAAAAAUAUGCAUUUGUCUAUUUGUAUUUCUUUCUUGUAUGGAUCAUCAUAUCAAUUAUUCUCUAUUUCUCA